UUGCCAUGUAUAAAAUCCAUAAACAAAUGUCCUACCUUUUAAAAAUCUCUACGAACACCGAGCAAAAUGUCGCUGUACUUGGCUGUCAAGCUAUUUUCUCAUCGUAAUGUGCCGUUCUGGCGCAUAGUAUGUAUGAAACAUUACGAUUUGGCGUGUGCGUUCUAUUUUAUUUUAGAUGAGAUUUGACGACUGCUCAAAAUAUCUUCAUGGCUUUUUAUUCGACUUUUCUGUGUACGGUUGUUUUCGGUAUUUCGUAAACAUUGGCAAAACAACGCGAUAAUUCAAUGAAGUGUGCGGAAAAUAGUCGUUAUCGCGAGUGAGAAAGGUAUUUAGUGCACAACGGAAGCAGACGGUGGUCGUUAAGUCGGUUUCCGAUGGAGGAGAAGAUGGAGAGUGAACAGAGUUAUAGUGGCGAGAGUAGCAGCUCCUCGGAAAGUUGCAGUGGGAGCGGGAGCGGCAGCUCGGAACCCGACGAGGAGCUCACGGAGCCAGUGCGCCUGCUGGGCCAGAGCCUCGAGCUGCCGCAGGAGCUUUGUGAGAACUAUGGACUCUUCAAAGAGUUCUUCUCCUAUAAGACUUGGGAAUCCUUAGAAGAUACACAUAAGGAGCAGCUCAUGAAAUAUUUGCCUAAAUUCGUACAAAAUGAAGAAGAGGAAAGAGAAAAAACGAUAAAGAUGCUGUUUGAUCAUGAACCAUUUCAUUUCACAUCACCACUAGAAGUAUUUUACAGCAAUUUGAAACAGGGAAAUUACCGGCCAGACAUAGCUAAGAUGAGAAAGUUUUUGCAAAAAGCAAGGGCUAAGCAACAGAAGCACAAGAUAAAAUCCUACUAUGCUAAACUGAUGCCAGAAGUGUUAAUAUCUCGGGAACGGUUGCUAGCAGCAGCCAAGUCUGCCCCACCUGGCCCCACCCCCCGCCUCCCCCUUCUGCCACAAAAACAUUCCUCCAAAAACUCCUACAAACCCCUGUACUUGCGAGCGAGGCAGAGGUAUUUUGAGGAAUUGGCAGCUAUCCGGAGUGAAGUGGGCGGUGAUGAAUCUGAUGAUGAUAACUAUCCUGAGGGACCUCCAGAGCCGUCCAAUAAAAAGCGCAAACACAUGCAUGCUGGCCAGAAUCAGGACAGCAAUGUUUCCGGCACUCUUGGAGGAACAGAAUCUUCACAUCCCACAUCUCUGGAUUGUCUAAAGAACGUCUUAGCGGCUCAUAGAGCUCGAAGACAAUAUAGAGAGAACCAUCCAGAACUAAAUACAACUGGUUUAACUUUAGAAGACAUAAAGCAGAGAGUAGCACUUGUAAAUGGUACAAAAAAACUCAUGUUUGGCGGACAAAAAUCAGAAACAUCUGCACAGAAAGUGAAAAGGGGACCUAAAAAAGAGCCAAGUCAGAGACAAGUGAAAUCUGAUGCCAAAGCUAGUAAAAGAAAGGAAGAGGAUGUUGAACACAAACCUUUGUUACCAAAUAUUAAAAUAAAGUGUGAGCAAGAGGAGUCUGACUCGGAGAGUUCCUUUGCAGAGCCGAAGGGUGCCAAACAUUCUAAAAAGUUAGGUGAUACUGUUGAAAUUAAGCAAGAAAUUGUGGAUCCUAAAUACUCUGAUACAACUAAUAUAAAUUACAAUGAUCCAAAACUGGAGAGUGUGAUCAAGCAAGAGCCUUUAGAUCCCACACUCGCAUUACAGAAUGCUGGUCGAAUAAUUCAACCGGUUCCCAUCAAAUUGGAAGAUCUCGAUGGAAUUGACAUGAUGGCGCUGCCCGUGGAGCUAGCGGACGAUGACCUUCCGUCGAAUGCGGAGGACGCGGCGGACACAGAGUCGGCGCUUACGGAGACGACGCACGCCAACUUCCUGUCGCUAGUGCGCGCGCUGUUCCCGGCGCGGGCGGCGCACCGCGCGAGCAAGCAGCAGCUGCACGCGCGCUGCGCCGCCGUCAUCAGCUCGCCCAUAGCGCCGCUCAACACCUGGUACAGCUUGUCAGAAGACUGGUGCGCUGAGUUGGACUCCGCGCUGGACUUCCUGGCCGGCGAGAGAGGCCCGCACCCUGAUGACUUCGUGCCAUACUUACAGUAUAUUCCGGAGACGCAGACGUACCAGUGGAUAGGCGCGGGUCGGGACUGCGACGCGAUAUUGGGCCGGCUGUGCGAACGCUGGUUCCGCGCCGCGUCGCCCGCGCCGCCUUCCAACGAACCUCCACCACCUAGGUAUCCUACGUCAUGGGUUGUGCGUCCUCUUACUAGCGCGGAAAUAACAGAUUUCCGAGCCCAAGAGAGAAAGAGAUAUGCUGCUUCGGCGAAACCUUUCACUUACGUCCAGCACGGGUACCGUGCCGUAGUAGGUCCCUGCGCACGUUGCGGCGCGGGCGGUGGUGCGGCCAGCGCAUUGCUGGCCGCCUCGCGGCCGCGCCACGCCUCGUUCCUGGCGCUCGUGCGCGACGCCGUGGCGCGCCUGCCCAACGGCGAGGGCACGCGCCACGACGUACUCACCCUGCUCAAGAUGUCUCAAUGGAUCUCAGCGUGCAGUGACCAGGCGCUCCUGAGCGCGCUAUCAACUGCAUUAGACAGGCUAUUGUCUGCCAAGCGGGACCCCGUUGUCAAAUACGACCAAAGGACGGCCAUUUGGACAUAUUUGCACAGGAACAGGACAGAGGAGGAUUGGCUGAAGUCAACGGCGCGGGGGCGUCGCGCUGCGGAGAAACGAGAGCCCGAGCCUGUAACGCCGCCGCCAGCGGUGGAGCUGGAAGUGUGCACGGAGGCUUCGGUGUCGGACAGCGACGUGGACGUGGACGUGGAGGGCGGCGCGGGGCCCGGCUCGGCGCAGCUGCUGCUAGCCGUCCCCGCGGCCGCGUCCACGCCCGCCCGCGCCGCCGCCGCCACGCCCGCCCGCGCCGCCGCGCGAGCCCCCGCCCGCGCCCGGGCCCGGGACCGACCCAAGCAGAAACCCACCAAGCCGGAGCCGCAGGCGCGGCCAACCCCUCCUCAAGCGAAACCCACCGUAGCCCCGCCCAAGCCGUCCCCACAGCAAAAAUCAACGCCGAAGGCAGCUCUCAUGGCCCAGUCGGCCAAACAAGCCAGCCUGGUCGCCCAGGCCGUGAAGAGCAACCUCAUAGCUCAAGCAGCCAAACAGGCCAAUCUAAGUCAGCACGCGAAGGCCGCUCCGGCCAAACCAGUCAACGUGGUUAAGGUCCAGAAACCAGCUCAACCAGUAAGCCAGCCAGCCAAGCCGGCCGCGAAGCCGCCUCCAUCACCCAAGCAAGCCGCGCCCAAGCCGGCCCCCGUGCCCAAGCCGGCCCCCGUGCCCAAGCCGUCUCCGGCCAAGCCGCCGCUGACCGCGCCGCCCAAGUCCUCGCCAUCCGCGGUUCAGCAGCCGCCGCUCAGGCAGAGGACGCUGCUGGUCGAGGCUCCACAGAGUAUUACCGCUCCGGUAGUGACGAGUCAACCAACUGCGCCUAUUGUUUCCAUCGUACAACCUGUAUCCACCAUAACGUUACAUCCGGCACCAAACAAGCAGGUAACACAAGGCACAAGAUCGUUGCUCAUAAGGCCGCCUGCAGUACAGACGACUGUCACUGCAGUUGUCUCUACGCCUAUAUCACAGCCGGGCGGCAGCCGGCGCGGCGUGGUGCGCGUGCUGAGCCCGGCGGCCGGCGCCAGCAAGUCGCUCAUCUCCCCCCGCGCGCUGCUACAGCAAGUCACCCCGACGACGACGAAGAAACGGACUUCCGUGCCAAAUACCAGCUCCAUUACGACUAUCGCGCAGACUCCCCCCGUGACGGCCGUAGCCCACAGCUCCACUAGCGUGGUCACCGCCGGCACGCGCACCGUGCAACUCGCCGGAGGCCGAACAGUGCAACUAGCGGCCAACCAAACCGUGCACCUCCCCGGAGGCCAGCCCGUGCAGCUGGCGACCAGGGCGCUGCAGCUGACCAGCCUGCUGCCGGCGCGCGCGCCCAAGCCCGUGCCGGCCUCCACCGUGCAGCUGACGGGGCAGACCGUGCACCUGGCCGGCCAGAGCGUGCAGCUCGCGCAACACGCCGUUAAGAGUGUCCAAGUGGCCGCCCCGGGAGUACUUCCAACGCAAACGGUGCAACUACCAAGCGGUCAAACGGUUCAACUUGCAGGCAGAAACCUUCAGACUGUGCAAAUAGCUGGUCAGAACGUACUCACCAGCCAGAGCGUACAACUAGGUUCCCAGACGGUGCAGUUAGCUGGCCAGACGCUUCAACUACCGAGCGGUCAGACAGUCCAGCUUUCCGGUCAAACGCUUCAGCUACCCAGCGGUCAGACGGUGCAACUUUCCGGUCAGACACUGCAGCUAGCCAGCGGUCAGACAGUGCAGUUGGCGAGUCAGACGCCGAAGUCCAUGGCGCAGGUGGUGCGGGGUCAGGCGGCCGGUGAUAAGUCCGCGCAACCGAUCAGAGCUAAACUACUUACUAAUGCUCAGACGCAGAUGAUCUCGCUGGAGAGCAUGGUGGGCGCGCGCAUGGUGGGCGGACGCGCGCGCGCCGCCGUGCGCGUGCUGCCCUCCCCCGCCCCCGCCCCCGCCGCCCCCCGCCUCGCGCGCCCGCUGCUGCUCACCGCCGCCAAGCCGCUCCACAACAUCAUCCUGCAGCAAAGCGACGGCAGCACUAUACGUGUAACGUCGAGCGGCGCCGCGGGUUCCUCGCAAACUAUAGUAUUAAGCAAUAUUGGCUCGCAAGCAGCUACUACGUCCACUGCUUCUGCGCCAUUGUUAAAAUUACAACAGGUCAAUCCGAUACAACACGUUAAACUUCCCCAAGGAAUUAAAAUUCAGCAGGCUGGAGCGAACGCCACGGUGGCGACAUCUAGCGCCGUCAACGCGGUGCGGAGCGUCCUCAUGGACGGCCAGCAACUCAAACUCGUCGGCGGCAGGCACGUGCUCGCGCGCCUGUUACGGCCUGCACAUCCGCCACAGUGAAGUGAGCUUUAACGAUUUUGGUGUAAGGUUCAAACUAGCUAGCACGAGCUAGACGCGGUGCGGAGCGUUCUUAUG